AUGUUGAAGAAAAAAAAAGACACAAAUGUAAAGGAAAAGUUAAAAACGAACACUGACGCAAUGAGCAAGAAAAAUUGGGGGGGAAAUGCCAAAGCACAAAUGAUAGAUAAAGAGGAAGACUUCAAACACCUGGAAGAAAAGGAACAUGAAAUAGAAAAAAUAUCGAGAAGAAUUUACGAAGAAAAUAGUAAAAUCAAAAAAAUCAAUUUACAUCAUAAAAUAAUUAAGGAAGAAUUUGAAAAGAAAAAAUUAAUCGAUCAGAGUGAUAAAAAAAAAAAAAAUACUCCUGAUUAUUACAAAAAAAUUACAACAAAAUUACAGAACAACAUAAAUAAUAUUGAGGAAUACAUUAACAACAUUACAAAUGAUAUAAACAUUCUAAAAAGCUCCAUAGAUGACGAAAGAAAUGAAAGAAUUAUCUACAACAACAAUAUGAAAAUUCUUGUUAAUGAGUACAAUACUUUAAAAAAAAACAUCAGUAAUUUAGCUACACAGGAAAAGGAACAGAACUCGCAAAAUGAAAAACUAAGAGUGGAGCUGAAUGAAUUAGUAAAAGAAAAAGACAACCUGGAGAAAAAGCACAGAGAAGAUUUCAAAAUGCUGCAGCAAAAAUUGAAGGAGCAGAAAAUACUAUCCUCUGAACAGAAAAUACACGAGCUAAUCAAGAUGAAGUACAACUGCAAGGAAAGGAGAAAUAACAAAGCAGGCGAAGGAUCCGAGGACGAGUUGGAGCGAAGAAACGAAAGACAAGCCACCUCCUCAACCGCCACCAACGAUAAUAACAGUAGGAACCUCUCUGGAGAAGGAAAUUUCGCAAAUGACAACUACUGCCUCCUAGAAGAAGCAGAGUACGAAGAUGAAAAGAAAAGAAAAUUGAACGCAAAAAUAAUUCUCCUAAAGAAACUGUGCCUGAGAAUCCUAUUCAUUAACGAAUAUCAAAAGCAAAAUAUUAAAAAGUUGGAAGAAAAUAUCGAAAAUAUGAACAAGGCAAUAAAUUCUAUAAGCAUUUUGACAUCCAAAAAAGGAGAUUUUGAUCACAUCAUUAUAAAUUUAAAUGCGUCCAAAGAAAAAAACUACAGUCUUAUUUCGAGAAUUAAUCUACUGAAUUACGAAACGAAUGUUUUAACCAAAUUGAAUAAAAAAAUGAAGGAGAAAUUUAAAAAUAUCAACCUCCAAAAUGACGAAAUGUCUAACCUCAAAAAAGAAAUUACAAACAAAAUGAACGACAAAAUUAAUCAUAUUAAGACAUCUCUAUUGAAUAAUCAAGAAACCUGUAAGUUAAAAAAAAAAUGCUUUCACGAUUGUGUCAUGUACUUGAAAUGCUUAUAUGAUUUUAUCAAACAAUUUGAAAAUAUGAACAACAAAUUAAAUUUAAGGACACAAAUUAUAAAUAAAGAGAAAAACUUCCAUUUUAAUUACAUCCAUAAAUACAAUGAAGAAAUUCUGGUCGAUGAAAAUCACCUAAAUGACUUUUUAAUAUUUAUUGAAAAAUAUAUUUACGCUCUUAAUUUUUACCUUCCUUCUCCUACAUUCAAUUAUAAAAACUUUAUCAUUGAGAACCCCAAUUUUAGCCUUCUCGGUUCUGCCUUAUCGGCGCAUUCUGUAGAUGUUGGUUCGAACGAGAAUGCUCAGAUUAGCGCACUCAACUGUGUCAACUCCGAAAAUGAACUCGGAGUGUCUGAAGGAAUUUCUCCUCAGGAAGACGAAAGUUUGAUUAAUGAACCCGUAAGUAAAGGGCCAAUAAAUGUGGACCCCCUCAGUGUUGACAACACCAACCACGGAGUAGAUCAGCUUGCGAGCAUUCCCACAGAAGGGAACCAAGCGGAGGAGCAUCAUACAGAGAUAAACGAAAAAAAUUUUGCAUCCAAUAAAGUGGGAAACGACCCAAGUGAAACAUACCAAAAGGAGGAAGAACACCAAGACCAAUAUAUAAAAGAGAACGAAAUAAGUGACAACCAAAUUGACCAACACACUGCAGCGAAUAGCGAGAGGGAAAAUCUCAAUGCACAAGUAGAAAAAGAAGACCAUAUGUUAGAAGAUGGACACCAGAAGGUAGAAGAGGAAGAAAAAAAUGCUAUAGAGGGAGAAGAACCAAAAGGGAAGGGACCUCAAAGCGAAUCAGAACCAAGUGAUAACUUGGAAGGUGGGAAUGGACAACAUCGUAAUGAUUUACUAAAUGGGGUGAAUGAAGGUGACGCGUCGGAAGUGGCACCGAAGGAGGGAACUUCAACUGGCGAGCAAGUGGAGGAUGAAAGUACACCAAAUGAGGAAGAGGUGAAAGUGUCAAAUGAGGAAGAGGUGAUAGUGCCAAGUGAGGAAGAGGUGAAAGUGUCAAAUGAGGAAGAGGUGAAAGUGCCAAGUGAGGAAGAGGUGAAAAUGCCAAGUGAGGAAGAGGUGAAAAUGCCAAGUGAGGAAGAGGUGAAAAUGCCAAGUGAGGAAGAGGUGAAAGUGUCAAAUGAGGAAGAGGUGAUAGUGCCAAGUGAGGAAGAGGUGAAAGUGUCAAAUGAGGAAGAGGUGAAAGUGCCAAGUGAGGAAGAGGUGAAAAUGCCAAGUGAGGAAGAGGUGAAAAUGCCAAGUGAGGAAGAGGUGAAAAUGCCAAGUGAGGAAGAGGUGAAAGUGUCAAAUGAGGAAGAGGUGAUAGUGCCAAGUGAGGAAGAGGUGAAAGUGUCAAAUGAGGAAGAGGUGAAAGUGCCAAAUGAGGAAGAGGUGAAAGUGCCAAGUGAGGAAGAGGUGAAAGUGUCAAAUGAGGAAGAGGUGAAAGUGCCAAAUGAGGAAGAGGUGAAAGUGCCAAAUGAGGAAGAGGUGAAAGUGCCAAAUGAGGAAGAGGUGAUAGUACCAAAUGAAGAGGAAGUGAACACACCAGAGGAAAAACUGAUAAACACACCGACAGAUACGCAGGAAAAUUCGCUGAACGAGGAACCACUGAAUGCACCAAACGAGGUGCAGGCAACCCCCCUGGCCGUAGAUCUAGAGGGAGAAAACCAAAACUACAAUUUAAACCAUUUUAAUUCGCGCAGCAUUGAAUACGAUAAGCUAAAAGAAGAAAUUCCCGCAGAAUUGUUAAUGAAAAAAUAUGACUCUAAAAAAAGCCCAACGACUGCAAAUUAG